AGACCUCAAGUUGGAAGUGAAAAUCGGGGAAAACCGGCAUUUUAUACUCUUGGAAGAGUCUUAUUUUCCCAGGACAGAGAGAAUAGUUUCAGUACUGAGAGCUGCUGAAGGGGUUAAUGCUGGAACUUGGCCCAGUGUCUGUAACACUUUUUUCCCUGGCUCUGGCCCGGGUUUCCCCUUGAAGGGAUUUCCCUCCUCCUCUUGCAACAAGACCCUUUAUAAAGAGCAGACUUUCUAUUUCACUCCUCACUCAGCCUCACUGGCUUUAGAAGCUGAAAACUCUUCCCAGGCACUUUCAGGUGGGGCAGAGAAAAGGCUUUUGGAACCGUUGUACUCUCAUCACAGCAGCUAUUUAAAAUGCCUGGGAAGAUGGUCCUGGUCUUUGGAGUCUCAACUCUACUUUGGAUGAUGAUUGCAGCUUCUCAAGCUUUUAAAAUUGAGACCUUCCCCGAAUCCAGAUCUCUUGCUCAAAUUGGUGACUCUGUCUCAUUGACUUGCACCACCACGGGCUGUGCAUCCCCAACAUUCUCUUGGAGAACCCAGAUAGACAGCCCGCUGAAUGGGAAGGUGAGGAGCGAGGGGACCACGUCCACAUUGACCAUGGAUCCUGUGAGUUUCGAGAACGAACACUCUUACCUGUGUACAGCGACUUGUGAAUCCAAGAAACUGGAAAAAGGAAUUCAGGUGGAAAUCUACUCAUUCCCCAAGGAUCCAGAGAUUCAUUUGAGUGGCCCUUUGGAGGUUGGAGAACCAAUCACAGUCAAAUGUUUGGUCCCUGAUGUAUACCCGUUUGAUAGGCUAGAAGUGGAUUUACUGAAAGGUGACUACCUCAUGAAGAAACAGGACUUUCUGGAAGACAUGGACAGGAAGUCCUUGGAAACCAAGAGUUUGGAAGUAACCUUUAUUCCAGUCAUUGAAGAUAUUGGAAAACUUCUUGUUUGCCGAGCUAAAUUACAUAUCGAUGAAAUUGAUUCUGAACCCAAAGAAAGAGAGACCACCAAAGAACUACAGGUCUACAUUUCACCCAAGAAUACAGUUAUCUCUGUGAAUCCCUCCACAAGGCUGCAAGAAGGUGGCUCUGUGACAAUGACAUGUUCCAGCGAGGGUCUACCAGUUCCAGAGAUUUUCUGGAGUAAGAAACAAGAUAAUGGGAAUCUACAGCGCCUUUCUGGGAAUGCAACUCUCACAUUAAUUGCUAUGAGGAUGGAAGAUUCUGGAAUUUAUGUGUGUGAAGGAGUUAAUCAGAUUGGGAAAAGCAGAAAAGAGGUGGAAUUAAUAGUUCAAGAGAAACCAUUUACCGUUGAGAUCUCCCCUGGACCCAGGAUUGCUGCUCAGAUUGGGGACCCAGUUGUAUUGACAUGUAGUGUCAGGGGCUGUGAGACCCCAUCUUUCUCUUGGAGAACCCAGAUAGAUAGCCCUCUGAAUGGGCAGGUGACAAGUGAAGGGACCAAGUCUUUGCUAACAUUGAGUCCUGUGAGUUUUGAGAACGAACAUUCUUACCUAUGUACCGUGACCUGUGGACAUAAGAAACUGGAAAAGGGAAUUCAGGUGGAGCUCUACUCAUUCCCUAGAGAUCCAGAAAUUGAGCUGAGCGGUCCACCAGUGAAUGGGCGCCCUGUCACUGUCAGCUGCAAAGUUCCUAAUGUGUACCCUUUUGACCGGUUGGAGAUUGAAUUACUUAAGGGAGAGACCAUGAUGAAGAAUAAAGAAUUUUUGGAGGAAGAGGAUAAGAAAUCCCUAGAGACCAAAAGUUUAGAAAUGACCUUCAUCCCCACCAUGGAAGACACUGGCAAAGUUCUUGUUUGUCAGGCCAAGUUACAUAUUGAUGAAAUGGAAUUUGAACCCAAACAAAGGCAGAGUACACAACCACUUUUUGUCAAUGUUGCCCCCAGGGAUAUAGCUGUCUGGGUCAGUCCCUCGUCCAUCGUGGAGGAAGGCCGUUCUGUGAAUAUGACGUGCUCUAGUUAUGGCCUUCCAGCUCCAAAAAUCCUGUGGAGCAGACAACUGAAAAAUGGGGACCUACAGCCUCUUUCAGAAAAUACAACUUUAGCCUUAAUUUCUACAAAACUGGAAGAUUCUGGUAUUUACGUGUGUGAAGGGAUUAACCUGGCUGGAAAGAGCAGAAAAGAAGUUGAAUUAGUUAUCCAAGUUGCUCCAAAAGAUAUACAACUGACGGCUUUUCCUUCUAAGAGUGUCAAAGAAGGAGACACUGUCAUUAUUUCCUGUACUUGUGGGAAUGUUCCUGAAACUUGGAUAAUUCUGAAGAAAAAAGCGGAGACAGGAGACACAGUGCUAAAGUCUAUAGAUGGUGCAUAUACCAUUCGUAAGGCCCAGCUGGAGGAUGCAGGAGUGUAUGAAUGUGAAUCUAAAAAUGAGGUUGGCUCACAAUUAAGAAGUAUAACACUUGAUGUUAAAGUACCUCCUCGAAACACGACAAUAUCAAUACAUCCAUCUAGCAAUGUUAAAGAAGGGGAAAAUAUCACAAUUACAUGUAAAACUUUUAGUCAUCCGCCUGCAGUGAUUAUCCUGAAAAGAGUUGAUCUUGCCAAUGAAAUUACUAUGUGUUCAAAGAAUGGAACAUUUACCUUAUACCAUGUCACUCAAAGUGAUACAGGGGUAUAUGUAAUCAGAGCUUCCAAUGAGGUUGGGGAUGAUUCUGGACGGAUUGAGAUCUCAGUUAUGAGAAGAGAAAAUAGCAAGGACUAUUUUUCUCCUGAACUUCUCGUGCUCUAUUGUGCAUCCUCCUUAAUAAUACCUGCCAUCGGAAUGAUCAUUUACUUUGCAAGAAAAGCCAACAUGAAAGGAUCAUACAGUCUGGUAGAAGCACAGAAAUCAAAAGUGUAGCUAAUGUUUGAAAUGUUCAUCAAGAGAUACUAUUUAUCAAUCCUGAAUAUGGCUCAUCAUUCCGCAAGAAAAAUGAGCUGAGAGUAUAAACUUCCAUGAAUGUAUUCAAUGUGGAAAGAAAUGGCUGCCUAUGUCCCUUGCUGUGACCAAGAAGCCAAAGGAAAACUUUCUGCAUGAAAAAUUGUUACUGCCAUUAAGAUGAGAGGACUGGAGAAGUUCCCUGAUGUGUAUAUAAAAUAGCAUUAUCUGUAUAUAUGUAAAAUACAAUUAAUCCAUAAUUGUUUAAGUUUGCUUGGAAUAGCAACACUCAAUAUUCAGAUUGUUAAAAUAAUUAAAUAGUAUUGCUUAAACUGUAAUAAGUUAAUGCAUCUUGGGAAAAUUUAAUGUUAACAUCAACUGGCAGCUUACCGAAGUCAUCUUUUCAUAUUUUAUUUCCUUUAACAAAAUUUUAUUCCUAUGAUGUUUAUUGACAAUAAUUUUAUGUCUUAUAAAGAUGCUAGGGUUUUAUAUUUUUUAUAGGCAAAUGAUUAACAAAGAGAACAGUGGAUUGACUUUCAGGUACUAAAUACCUCAACCUAUGUUAUAAUGGUUGACUGGGUUUUUCUGUAUGGUACUGGCAUGGUACGGAGAAGUUUUAUAAUUUUGUUUCUUAUUCAGAUGCUUGUGUAACUUUACCAAUGUGCUCUAAAGGUGGAAUUUCUUUUGAUUGUUUUUGUAAAGGUUUAGUUUUUUGUAUAGUAAAGCAAUAGUUUCUGGAAUUGGAAA